GAAGACGGAAAGACACACACACAGAGAGAGAGAGAGAGAGAGAGAGAGAGAGAGAGAGAGAAGAGAGGAAGAAAGAAAGAGAGGCUCACGGUUCUCCUUGUUCCUACGUUGUAAUCCAUGGCGUCAACGAGUCAACGACCCCUCCUCAUCGCCCUCCUAACCCUCUCGAUCUUCGCAAUCUCAGCCACCGCAACAAGGCCCUGCAAGACCCUCUUCAUUUCCUCCUACUCCUUCUCCCUCCGCCGCCUCCCCUCCUCCUCUUCCUCCUCCGGCUUCGUCACCGUCGUCACCGAGAUCAGCCGACUCCGCCCCGUCCGCUACGACGACCUCGUCAUCCAACCCCACGAAGAAGAUGAUAAGCGAACUCAGGCGGCGUCGCUCUUUCCCUUGAUCGGAACGACGUCGGCCUCCUCCUCGUCCUACGACCUCAACUCUCUCCGCGAUCGCACCAGGGACAUCCUGAGCAUCGUCGUUUCUCUGCUCUUCGGCGUCGGCUGCGGCGCUCUCACCGCAGCUACCAUGUACUUGGCUUGGUCCGUCUUCUUCAGUCGCUACGACAAUGGCUCUGCGUCUUCCUUCGAUGACGAUUUCUAUGACGCCAGCCCUAAGAAAAUAGGUUAUGUAAAGAUUCCGGAGGUGGCCGCGGACUCCGUGCCAACACCACCGUCCCCAGUCAAGGAAGCCGCCGCGGUGUGAAUAUGACGAUUAUAGCAAAUUGGUAAUUCCAUAAAUAGUUUAUAAUUUAAAAAAAUGUUGCCUUUGGAUGAUGGGCACGUUGUGACUGUGUUGUGGAUUCGUGAUAAAAUAAGCUUAUAUCGGACGCUGUGGUAUGUAUUUAUCAUUUUAUGACUAAAAUAUUGGCUCUUGCUCUUUCUCUAUAUAUUAUCUGAAUAUGAUACAUUUGGGCUGUUGUUGUACUCUAUUA